AUUUUUUUUUAAAAAAUUAAAAAGAACAAGCAAAGAGCGUUUCAAGAAUCAAAAAACCCUUUAUUUUUUGUGCUACCCAGUCACCCAAGAAUUGCUUGCUUUCACACAGUGCCCCCUUACGUUCCGUACUGUAACUCCAACCUCUCCGGUGACUCUUCUCCUCUGUCUAUCACAGCUAGUAUGCCUGCAAUAUCACUGAAAAGGGCCGUACCCUUUUGAGCCUUGAAAGUGAUUGCAUUGCCUGAAUGUGCAUCCCAUUGGCCUAGUUUUUGGGUCCCAUGUGUACAUCAAAGUUCUUCGGCUUCAAUCCCAGACCCAUUAUUUUCAAUCCCAUCCCCACUUUUCUUUAACACGGGAAAGAGAAAAAAAAAAAUACACUCUUUUCCUUCUUCCUUCCUUUGCAGGCUACAGCCCAAUUUUUACUCUACGUAACCCCAGUCCUCACUUGACUAGGUUAUAUGCUAUUCAAAUCAUCCCUCAUUGGUUUCGCAUGUCAAAUAUAAUGCUAUGGGCCCAAAGGUGAGAGCUUUGGAUAGUUUUGCGAGAGUCAUGGUGGUGGCAUUUCCAGGCGGCCCUCUUGAAUUUCUGGGACCUUGACUAUUCUUUCAGCAUAUUCAGAUAUGCUUAAACGGGACAUGUAUCCACUUGAAUCGCCUUUCCUGCUAUAUUUCUCGGUUGGACUUUUGCUACUUACUGUUGCGGUUGGGCAAAUUCCCUUGGGUUCAAACCUUUCUGUAGCUGAGAAUAACUUUUGGGUCUCAUCCAAUGGUGAUUUUGCGCUUAGAUUCUUUAACCUUUCGGAUCAACCUAAUCAAUACAGCAUAGGGAUCUGUUUCAAUUCGGAUUCUAUUCCGGUUGCAGAAAGGAAGGUUGUUUGGGUUGCUGGCGUUGAUGUCACAGUCGGUAACAAGUCUUAUUUUCAGCUUAGCCAGAAUGGAGAAUUGGUUUUGUUUGAUUCAGUUAAGGGAAUGGCUGUUUGGACCAGCCAAACAAGCAUGUUAUCAGUUGUUUCAGCUGUUCUUCGUGAUGAUGGAAAUCUUGUUCUGUUGAACAGCGAGAAAGAUGUCCGCUGGCAAAGUUUCGAUACUCCAUCCGACACUCUUCUUCCAGGACAGACGUUAUCUGUUUUUCAAACACUUCGAGCUGCAAGCAGAAAUUCCACGUCUAGUUACUUCAGUCUUUAUGUAAAUGCUUCUGGCCAGCUACAAUUAAGGUGGGAAAGUCAUGUUAUCUACUGGACAGGUGGAAGCCCCAUUAGUUCAAAUGUCACUGCUUCCCUGACCUCUAGAGGAGCGCUGCAACUCCGUGACCAUAGACUGAAACUUGUUUGGUCCGUGUUUGGACAAGAUCACAAUGACUCUGUAAAAUACCGGUUUCUUCGGUUGGAUGUUGAUGGUAAUCUCCGGUUAUACUCAUGGGCAGAAGCAUCACAUGCUUGGAGGUCGGUCUGGCAAGCUGUUGAGAACCAGUGCAAUGUAUUUGCAACAUGUGGACAGCGUGGUAUCUGUGUCCUCACUUCAACGGGCUCCUCUGACUGUAAAUGUCCGUUUAAAGUUACAACAGACGCUAACUCAAAAUGUUUAGUUACAUAUCAGCAGUGCCAAUCAAAUUCCAAUAUGAUCGUGUAUAAGCACACCAAUCUAUAUGGGAUAUACCCACCAGAAGAUUCAGUUAUCCUAACUAGUUUACAGCAGUGUGAAAACUUGUGCGUAAAUGAUCCACAUUGUACGGUUGCAACAUUCACAAAUGAUGGAUCAGGAGAAUGCCGACUGAAGAGAACUCAGUAUGUCACUGGUUAUUCGGACCCCUCUGUUCGCUCAAUAUCUUUUGUCAAGAGAUGUUCAGAUCCUUUAGCUGUUAAUCCCAAUCUCAACGUAGUUUCCCCUGCUCAUUCUCCACCCAUACAGGCUUAUAAGCAUUGCAUCCCUUGUCUAAUUGGAGUGUCCUCAGGCACCUUGGCUGUGUUUUUUGUAUUUCAGUUGGUAUUUGGUUUCUUCGUCUACAAAAGAAGAACUGCAAUUUGGAAGAGAGUAUUAUUAGCUUACACAGGCCAUAACUCAAAGGGGUUAAUUGUGUUAUCCUUCUCUGAACUCAAGGACCUUACAGGGAAUUUCAAGUGCCAAAUAGGACCGAAGAUGUUCAAAGGCAUGCUACCGAACAACCAACCCGUUGCAAUCAAAGACCUGAAAGGUAACAUAGAAGAAAGAAAGUUCCGUAGUGUAGUAUCAAAAAUCGGAAAUAUUCACCACAAAAAUCUUGUGAAGUUGGAGGGCUAUUGUUGUGAAUCAAGUCACAGACUUUUGGUUUAUGAAUAUGUAAAGAAUGGUUCUGUGGAGAGAUACAUUGAAGAUUCUAAAUUGAGCAAGAGGCUGGAUUGGAGAAAGAGGAUUGACAUAUGCGUAAGUGUGGCAAGGGCUGUUUGUUAUUUGCACGCAGGGUGUAGGGAGUUUGUAAGCCAUGGGAAUUUGAAGUGUGAAAACGUUGUCUUAGAUGAAAAUCUAGAGGCUAAGGUGACUGAAUUUGGUCUUUGGAGAGUAAAUGGUGGGGAAUCAGACCAUGAAUUUUCUGCAGAAAAGGAUGUGAAGGAUUUUGGUGAGAUGGUUUUGAGAUUGGUCAGUGGGUGUCGAGAAGUUGGGAACCUUGGUGAGUGGGCCUAUAAGGAAUGGAUGGAGGGACGGGCAGGGACUGUAGUAGAUAAAGCUAUUGAUGGUGGGGCAAAUUUGGAGGAGCUGGAGCGUGCAUUGAGAGUUGCAUUUUGGUGUCUUCAAAGCAAUGAAUUUAUGAGACCUUCUAUGGGAGAGGUGGUUAAGGUAUUAGAAGGCACAUUGACAGUUGAUCCCCCACCACCUCCUUUUAUCCGGAGGUCAGUUGAAGUAGAAGAAGAAUCAUCAGAGUAAUGCUUGGAAUAAAAAGAAUCAGUUGACUUUUGUGGAUUAUUUGUUGUGUUCUUUUUUUCCUUUCAUUUACCAUGUAUAGUAGGACUAACAAUGCAGGAUGAUGACAAUCUGUUUGAGACAGGCAUGCCUAGUCCCCCCACCCCCUCCCCUUCUUCCCAACUGAUGUAGGCUUUAAGAUACUGUGAAGAAAAGAAUGUACUUAAUGAGAUCUUUGAGCACCCUUUCAUGACUU